CACCUCUCUGCAAACAGGGUUCAUGUGUGUUUUGUAUCACAGUUGAUCAUGAGGGGAGGCGCUCCUCAUCAUUGUCUCUGGCUGGCUGUCCUGUGCGUGGUGGUUGGAUGCAGGGCUGUCUCAGCGUUCAGGAUCUGUGCCUACAAUGUGCAGAAGCUUGACUCUAAGAAGGUUUCAAACUACAGAGUGCUGCACACGCUCACACGGGUCUUGUCUCGUUGUGACAUCACCCUCCUCCAGGGAGUGGAAGAUUCGGAUGGCUUUGUCGUCAAAACUCUACUGGCAUCACUCAACAGGUACAGUGGAAGGGAAGCGCACAGGUAUGAAGGUUACCACUACGGUUCGGUGUCCAGCUCCAGUCUGGGAAAGUCUACUGAUGACCUACAAAAGUAUGUCUUCACCUACAGGACAGAGACAGUGCAUGUAAUGGGUCAACAUCAGUACCAGAACCACAAUCAGUUUGUCCGAGCACCGUUUGCAGUUUACUUCCACAGCAACACAACUGCUGUCAAGAAUUUUAUUCUGGUCGGGCUGCACGCGGACCCAAGCAGCGCCGUCCAGGAGAUCGACCACCUGUACGACGUCUUCAAGCAAGUGCUGAGCAAAUGGAACGACAAGAAUGUGAUGUUCUUGGGUGAUUUCCACGCCGGCUGCGCCUACAUGACGCGCCGCGACAAGAAGAACAUUCGACUUUUCACCAACAGCAGCUUCUCCUGGCUCAUCGGAGGCAAAAUAGACACCACCAUCACAGACGAGACAAGCUGCGCUUAUGACCGGAUCGUCGUGUAUGGGAAGUCUUUCCUGAAAGCCAUCACGCCGUUCUCCGCCAAUGUCUUCAGCUUCGCUAGAGAGUUCAAACUGACCAGGACGACAGUAAUGCACACUUCUUUUGUUGUCACACGCCCUUUUUUUAAU